CAGAAUGACUAUACUUGUGUAACGAGGAUGUUAGCUUAAACCAAAGACGGAUACAAUUAACUGGAACAACUCAGCAGUUCAGGCAGCAUCUCCAUUUUAGUUUAGAGAUACAGCGCGAAAACAGGCGCUUCGGCCCACCGAGUCCACACGCCGACCAGCGAUCCCCGCACACUAACACUAUCCUACACACACUGGGGACAAUCUAUAUUUAUACCAAGCCAAUUAACCUACAAACAUGUACGUCUUUGGAGUGUGGGAGAAAACCGAAGAUCUCGGAGAAAAUUCACGGGGAGGGCGUGCAAACUCCGUACAGACAGCGCCCGUAGUCGGGAUGGAACCUGAGUCUCUGGCGCUGUGAGGCAGCAGCUCUACCCGCUGGAGAAUAGGAAUUGAUGAGGUUUUGGGUGGAGACGCUCCUUCAGACUGGAGGAUGUUGUAUUUCUAUUGUAUUUGUGCAUCUUUCUCGUCCACAGGUGACGGAUGUCCAGAUGUUGGAGUAUAACGGUGUUUGGCCAACCGACCCCUUCAUCCUGGGCCGCAAACUGACCCAGAGACUGGCCCCAGAGCUCAGCAAGCCCGUGAGGUUCGAAUACAUCAACGGGCGGGUGGGAAAGGUCUUUGCCCCGGCCAACCUGCCUGAAGACAUCCUCAACAUCCACAGAGGCAUCCUCAACAUCUUCCAGAUCACCAUCAAGAAGGCACAGAAUUUCUACGAGUUGCAGGAGGCUGGAAUUGAAGGUGUUUGUCGUACAAACUACAUUGUUCAGGAAGACAAGAAGGCCAACCGCAUCACCGUCACCAAAUCGAAAGAUCUCAACAACUGCCAGGAGAAAGUGAUGCUGUUUACUGGGGCAGCCUAUGCCAGUCACUGCCCUGCCUUUCAAGAGGUGACCCUCACCAGUGAUGUCCGAUACCCACAAAUGUUAAUGGUAACCACCAUGUUCUUCUCCCACCGACAGAGAGGCAGGAAUAUCCGAGCCUCCGUCACCUUCACCCACGUCCUGAAGCCCACCGCUGCCGGGGCAAUCCUGCAGGAAGCCAAGGUCCGGGAGGUGCAUCAGUUCACUCCCUUCCAUGAACUGGACGGCACGGCCAUCAUUGAGGCCAGACAGAGCCUGGUGCUGGUCGAUGUCAAGAGUGCGGCGUUCGUCAUGCCACACGAGGUGUUCAUCCAACGAGGAACCAUGAAAUAUCGCUACCACCAGGGGGUGCUGCACAAACCGUUACAAUUAAGCCGCCCGCAAAAUGUUGAGAAGGCGGUAAUAUCAGCUCUUUAUUCUGUCUGGGGUAACAAAUGGUGUUGGAUUCUGUUUGCGCUUCCUGCUGUGGGAACAGCCGACGCUCUCCGUUUCAUCACAACCAAGAUCCAGCGGCUGGAGGUCACGAUGCAGGAGGCAGCCCGGACCCUGGCCCUGGCCCUGCACCAAGUGACCGCUGAUCUCCACACCCUGCGCUUAGUCACAGUGGGUCCGCUCCUCUUAUGCUUCUCACACCUCCAGGGGCGGUGGGGUGUCACAGCGGGUGGAGCCGCUGCCUGGCAGCGCCACAGGCCCGGAAUCAAUCCCCACCUCGGGUGCUGCCUGUGUGGAGCUUGCAUGUUCUCCACUGCUGAGAGAAUGGAGCAGCUGGACUUGUACACUCUGGAGUUUAGAAGGAUGAGAGGGGUUCUUAUUGAAACAUAUAAGAUUAUUAAGGGUUUGGACACGCUGGAGGCAGGAAACAUGUUCCCGAUGGUACACAAAAAAGCUGAACUGCUGGGCGUGAUACACGUACAACAGUCGGCCAUCUUGCGCCCAAUCAUUGUCCUGGGUUACGGCUCCAUG